AUGGCCCUGUGGUACUCGUUGGGUAUCGCCUUUUUUGCCGCGAUCGGCACUUUUCUGUUUGGCUUCGAUACCGGCAUUGCGACAACCACGAUUGCCCACCAAAGCUGGAUCGACUAUAUGGAUAACCCUUCCAAGGGCCUUACGGGUGCAGUGGUUGCGGUUUAUAUUGCCGGCGAGGCCGUCGGCGCUUUCACUCAGACUUUUAUUGGCGACAAACUCGGGCGCAUUCGGUUCAUGCAGUUGAUGUGCGUGAUCGUGACCAUUGGCACGGUGAUCCAGACGGCGUCGGUCAAUAUUGGCAUGUUCCUCGCUGGCCGCGUGUUAGCCGGGUACGCAGUAGGUGGGAUGGUCGCAACGGUCCCCAUCUACCUCAGCGAGAUCUCCGACCCACGCUACCGCGGCCUGAUCGGCGGUAUCUCCGGCUGCGGCAUCUCCUUCGGGACCAUGAUGUCCAACUGGGUCGGCUAUGCCUGUAGUUAUGCCUCCUAUGGCCCCGUGCAGUGGCGCCUACCUCUGGGUAUCCAGAUCCCCUGGGGCAUGGUCCUCUUCGCGGGCUUGUCUACUUUCAUGCCGCACUCGCCGCGCCAGUUGAUCCGCAGCGGCAAGAUCGAGCAGGCGCGCAGCGAGUUUGCACGGAUUCGACGCGGAUUGCAGUCGUUUGAGAUGCAGGAGGAGUUUCUGCUGAUGCAGGCGCAGAUCGAGUAUGAGAUGGAACGGGAGAUUACUUCGUACCGGGAGAUCUUUCGGCUGUUUCGGCAUCGGGUGCUGGUGUCAAUUGCGGUGCAGACUAUGACUAGUCUGACGGGCGUCAAUGUCAUCCAGUAUUACCAGACCAUUUUGUACAAGUCCCUCGGCAUCGGCUCGCACACUAUUCUUGCUCUGGCUGCUGUCUACGGCACCGUCGCCUUCCUGUCAAACUGUGUCACCACCAAGUACAUGACAGACCAGUGGGGCCGUCGCAAGAUGCUGAUCACCGGACUGGGUGGCAUCGUAUUGAUCGAGAUCUACGCCGCCGUCAUGCAACGAGAAUUCCAGAACACAGACAACCGAGUCGGGAAGGGAUUUGCAAUUCUCGGCAUUUACCUCUUUGUCGUAUGCUACUAUGGCUUCCUCAACAGCACAACCUGGCUGUAUGGAGCUGAGGUUCUCCCCAUUGCUCUGCGCAGUAAGGUCAUGGGUCUGGCAGCAGCAUCUCACUUCAUUGUCAAUGUUGCCGUUACCGAAGCCGGGCCCAGUGCCUUUGCCAACAUCCACGAGAACUACUACUAUGUGUUCGUGGUGUGCUCCGUCUUCUUUCUGGGGGUGGCAUAUCUAUACUUCCCAGAAACCAAGCAAAAAACCCUCGAAGAAGUGGCUGCGGCCUUCGGAGAUCGGGUCGUCUUGCCUGAUGAUGGGCCUAAGCAGGCAGCCAGUGUAGUCGGCGAGGCAGACCAUGUGGAAUCGACCGAGGCUACGACCAAGGGGGUUUGA